AUGGGAUCUCACAAACAACGAAACCCAUAUGGGGAUGAGUAUGACAAGAACGACGACGCAUCCACCACAUCGUCCACAAACAAGGACACUGACUACUCAGGGGCAUUUAUUGAUCACCGUCUUCACAAUGACUUGGCCCAUCUCCAUUCGUCGCCGUCUCGCGCCAGACGGAGAAACUCUCUGAUAAUCGGUCAGAAAGCUCCCUUCAGCUCGUAUACUGAAGCGGCAACACCGCUCACCGACAGGAAUCUUAGGACUUGGACCCAUGGCAACCAACCUGUCGCUGUAGCUGGAACCAGCCCCAAGACUUUCAGAUCCAUUGCUAUUGAUAUGGAUAAAUACACCAGAGACCAGUCUAACUACCUCCAGACCCCAGCCCAGCCCAUGUACCACGCAUACCACGACGACCCCAAUACCUACGACAAUGGUAGCAUCAACUCGAUGGAGUUUGGUGAGAGUAACCCGCCUAGUGAACAUCUGGGUGACUCCACCUCGCUUGACGAUGUGUGUUUUCCAGAUUACUAUGACGACAUCAACGAGACGGCUGCCGCAACGUGGCCCGACUUAAAGGUCUUGAAGGACUUCAUCUCCGAGGAGAAGCUGCUGCUUGAAGACCACCAUCGUGAACCCGACCAGGAAGUAUCACCCACCGAUACCCACAGUGAGCAUGUAAAUUUCCGCUUAAAGCUGUCCCCUGGCCGCGUAGAGGAUGACGAGCUUGGCGAGAGCCGUCGGCCAUUCCAGGUGACUCCAACGCCGAUACGUCCGGACGAGGUGGCCCAACUUCCCGGCACUCGACGUCCUGGAGUGUGUCGGUUCACAUAUUUUAGAGAUGAUUUACCCAACACCAUCCAUGCUCCGACCCUCAGCGAGUUGUUGGUGAACGAGAAGAGCAUGAAGGUGACAGAACAGCCCAAUUUGUCGCAGAAGUGGCGGGAUGAAGACCUGAGAGAAGAGGUCACUAAUGCUCGCAUCGCAGCUGCGAAUGGUCAUGGCAAUGGUGAAACGGUGAGCCAGACACCUGGCACCGGCACUGUGUCGGAGUCAGUGUCGGGUGACAGUGUCACUCCGUUCUGGCUAGAUGUGCUUGACCCCACCGAAGAGGAAAUGAAGGUGCUUUCCAAAACGUUUGGCAUCCACCCAUUGACUACCGAAGAUAUAUUUCUCGGCGAGGCUCGCGAGAAGGUCGAGUUGUUCAAGUCAUACUACUUUGUGAGUUUCAUGUCGUUCGAUAUCGUGUACGAACGGCGUAAGCAACGGUCCAAGGAGAAGGAAAAGAAGUUAAGCAAGCUUCAAGAGCUUCACGAACGCGACAACAACGGGAUCAUGAAACGGAUUUUGCGCCAGAUCCAUGGCAGUAGCGGAAAUAUCGGCUUGGCCACCAGACUGUCAAGCUCGAACAAAUCGACUGGCAAGAAGAUUCGUGAAGGAGAACUCUCGCCGUUGUCUAUGUACAUCAUUGUGUUCAGACAUGCAGUAAUAACGUUUCACUUUUCUCCAACGCCUCACCCCAUAAAUGUCAGGCGUAGAGCACGGUUGUUAAAAGACUUCUUGACAGUUUCGUCUGAUUGGAUCUCGUAUGCGUUGAUUGACGAUAUCACCGACUCGUUUGCUCCUAUGAUAGAGAGCAUUGAAGACGAAGUCAAUGCCAUUGAAGAAGCCAUUUUGCGGAUGCAUGCGGGAGACAGCGAUUCGGACUCGGACCUGGACCUGGAUGAUGAUGAAGAAUCCCGGCCGCCCAAUGUGUUUGUGAAGCGUACUCGUACCAAAAGCACGGUUGACAAAAGUGGGAUGGGGUUGGAACGAUCCAGGACCAAGUCCCGUACUACCACGUCUGGCUCGCGGACCAAGUCUUCUGGCUCACGGGUCGUUGCGUGGAAGCGUAAAGGUGACAUGUUACGGCGUAUUGGAGAGUGUCGAAAGCGAGUAAUGUCGUUGUUGCGAUUACUUGGAUCCAAAGCCGACGUUAUCAAAGGGUUCACCAAGCGGUUGAAUGAAGUAGACUCGUCCCGUCGUCCCGGAGCCCAGGAGUCCAAGCUGGAGAUUCUGAUGUACUCAGGAGACAUCCAGGAUCAUAUCAUCACGAUGGUUCAGUCACUUAACCACUAUGAGAAGCUCUUGGCCCGGUUCCAUUCCAACUAUCUUGCUCAAAUCAAUAUAGACAUGACAAAGGUUAAUAAUGAUACCAAUAACGUGUUGGGAAAGAUCACGAUUUUGGGUACGAUUGUGUUGCCAAUAAAUGUGGUGACGGGAUUAUGGGGGAUGAAUUGUUUGGUUCCAGGACAGGGGUAUGAUGGAUUGACGUGGUUUUGGUCGAUCAUUGGGGGAAUGUUCAUGUUUUCGGUGUUUGCGUACAACUAUGCCAAGAGGGCAUUUGAGUUGUAGGGUUAGGGUUAGGGUCAAGAGGCAAGACUCCAACGUUUAUAUUCAGUGCCGUCCGCUCAUUUAAUAGAAAUAGAUAUCGACACAAA